AAAUCAAAUUUAAAUUUUAUAGCCAUCCCCACAUAUUAAUAUAAAUUAUAUAAAAAUUCUACAGUUUUUAAUGAUAAUUGAAAUUUUAAAUUAAAAAAAGCCAUUUAAAUGUAGUGAUUUAAAAUACCGGGGGCCAAACGUUCUAUGGGUAGGUAAAUAACAUCACAUAACUCCCGGGGCCAAAUGUCGUAUCUUAAUAAUAGAUGGGGACGAAACGUCGAUAAACUCUUAUACCUAUAAUAUCUAAUUAUUUGUUUUUGUAUAAAUAAUUUGUUUUUGUUAAAUUAAUCAUUUUUGUUGUAUAGGUAAGUGCAUCUAAAGCCUAUAUUCGCCCAGUCAAAAAUCGACAAAAUCUCCACGUGGCUAUAUUCAGUCAUGUAACAAGAAUACUUAUUGAUCCAAAGACUAAAAAGGCAACAGGAGUAGAAUUUAUUAAAAAAGGAAAACAUAGAACAGUAUAUAUUAAAAAAGAAGUUAUUUUAUCUGCCGGUGCGAUAAAUUCUCCACAAUUACUUAUGUUGUCAGGAGUUGGACCAAAAGAUCACUUAAAUAAUCUUGGUAUACCAGUAAUUCAAGAUUUACCAGUAGGACAAAAUUUACAAGAACACUAUGGCACAGUCGCAUUGGAAUUCAUAGUAAAUCAAACAGGUCCAUCACUCAACAAGCAAACUAUAUCAAAUAUUCAUUUAUUUGAAGAAUGGUUUAAAUAUGGUCGAGGACCACUUACGGUACCAAUGGGGGCAGAUGGUUUAGGUUAUAUAAGAUCACCAUCCGGCAAAGAGAUUGAAUUAAUAUUUGUUCCUUUAUCGGAAAAACCAAAUGCGUUCCUCAUGGCUACAUUGUUGUUACAACCAGAUGCUCGUGGAAGUGUAACUUUGAAAAAUAAUAACUCAUUGCAUCCACCCAUCAUGUCUUAUGGUUAUUAUGACAGUAAUACUGAUCUAGAAGACAAUGUAUAUGCGCUGAAAUAUGCAGUUAAAUUGGUAGAAGAAACACAAGCAUUUAAAGAUUUGGCAGCCAAACUUAACCCAGAACCAUACCCAAAUUGUAGCCACGUAGUAUUUAGAUCGGAUGAUUAUUGGGUGUGUUUAUCAAAACACUUGACAAAUACAUAUCAUCAUCAAUGCAGUACGUGCAGGAUGGGCGAUGUUGUAAACAAUAAAUUACAAGUAAUUGGUAUUCAAGGAUUAAGAGUAGUAGACAGUUCAGUACUUCCCCAUAUUCCUAGUGCACAUCUUUACGCCCCUACUUUAAUGGUUGGGGAAAAAGCGGCAGACAUGAUUCGCAGUUAUUGGUCAAAAAGCCAAUAAAAAAUUCAGCUAACUAUUUAUUUAUUUAUUUAUUUAUUUAUUUAUUUAUACUUUAAAUAAUAUUAUACCUAAUAACAACGUAGAUGAAAAUGUCAUUACUUACCAGAAACAAUCAGAGCUUUGUUUGGUCCAACAGUGUGUAUUUGUCCCAUUUUUUUUUUUUUUAUUAUUUAUUGAUGAAUGAUUUUAUGUUUCUUUAAA